AACUGACUCCCGUGGGGUAAACCUGAACCGCCAGUAUCUCAACCCCGACGCCGAGCUGCACCCCGCAGUGUACGGGGCCAAAGCUGUCCUCCUCUACCACCACGUUCACAGCCGCGUCCUGCCGGGCUCUCCUGACUGGAGGACGUACGUCUCGCCACUCGGCACCAGCUCGCUAAGCACAAAAUCUUCCAACCAUUCCGUCCGCGGCAGCGCCCCGUCCCCGGAGGCAGCCCUAUCGGAGCUGGAGAAAACCAAUAACCUCCGCAACUCACCCGGCACCUGGCGUGCCGGCACGUACUUCAGCCCUUCUCAGGAACCCCAGCUCUCGGGAGCGCCUGCCGCCGAGCUGGGCAGCAAGGACCAAGCUGUCUGGAUCCUCCCUUCAAGCCACACCGUGGAGCACUGUGAGGAGGAAGCCAGGAGGCCUCCACCAGCACCUCUCCCUGAAACCAUCCUGCCCCAGGACAGUGGGCUGGCCUACUACGUCGAUCUCCACGGGCACGCCUCCAAGCGCGGCUGCUUCAUGUACGGCAACAGUUUCAGCGACGAAAACGAUCAGGUGGAGAACAUGCUGUUCCCCAAACUCAUCUCCUUGAACUCGCCUCACUUUGACUUCACGGGCUGUAACUUCUCAGAGAAGAACAUGUACGCCAAAGACAAGCGGGACGGGCAGUCGAAGGAGGGCAGCGGGCGCGUGGCCGUCUACAAAGCCUUGGGGAUCAUCCACAG